CUGACUUCAGUUUCACAGCCUUCCUCCCGCUGCGUGCUCACGAGACUCCCGCAGCCCCGCGUGUCUCCGAGCUCGUGACGGCUGUUUGGACCCGGACCCACGCGGACCCGAGAGGCCUGAACGCGGACCCGCCAGAACCGGUUCCGAUUCUGCACCGUCACCGAGACACAGACGCACAGACGACUGUCCAUUGGGUCUGCAGGAGUGUUCCUGAAUCCAGCCGAAUGAACAGAGCGACCGCAAAGCAUCUAAUCGAGCGCUACUUUCGGCAGUUAACCGACGGCUGUGGAAAUGGCGACUGCACGAAUGAGUUUUGCGCAUCGUGUCGUGACUUCCGACCGUUGGAUAACAAUUCAGCGGCAGCCAAAGCGCUCGAGCUGUUCAAGGUUAACGCCAAACUCUGUAAUCCUCACCCCGCUAAGAAAGACGCUCUGGACGGGGAGAUGAGCGAGUCGGACCUCUGUCCCGUCAAAGAGGAGUUCUCAGAUGUUCACCACCUCACAGAGAACUCAGUCAGUACGAUCCUGAGUUUCUGCGAGGAGCGAGGGGAUUACUCCGCGCUCAUCCGCAUCAUCGGAAGGAUCUUCUCCAACUCAGAGGCCUUGAUUCAGAGUUUCAGGAAGGACGAACCCAUCGACGCUGAAAACCUGGACUCCUCUGAACCGACAGAUGUGGAGAAGCAGGAGAAGCAAACCUCGGAGACGGCGGGUGCUUCCUCUGCCGCUCCGGACGAGGGUCUUGAUGAGAUGCUGGACCCUUGCGAGGUGACUGUGGACAUCGGCGCCGUGAGGAGGUUCUACGACCGACUCCUAAGCCUCGACCAGGUACAGGCGGCUUUCGUCAACGCGCUGGUUUACCUCACGCCCAACAUGGAGCUCGACCUGGAGUACCUCGACGUGUACGAGACGAACCCAGACUACCUGAACAUCUUCGUCAUCGUGUUGGAGAACAGUAACCUCCACAGCCCCGAGUACCUGGAGGUCGCUCUGCCGCAGUUCUGCAAAGCCAUGAGCAAACUGCCGGUGGCGGCGCUCGCCAGGCUGUCGAAGCUCUGGUCCCGGUACGGACUGGAUCACAUCCGCCGCAUGACGGAGACCUUCCAGCAGCUCAUCACCUUCACGGUUGUCAGCAACGAGUACGACGGCGAGAACCUGGUGAACGACGACGUCACCGUGGUGGCCGCGACACAGUGUUUGAAAGUGGCCUUCUACGCGAGUAUCCUGGGCAGCGACGUGGACGUGGAGCACAACGAGGAGGAGGAGGACGACAUCGAGUCCGACGAGCUCACCCUCCACGAGCUGCUGGGCGAGGAGCGUCUCUAUAAGAAAGGUCCGCCGGUCGAUCCGCUGGAGAAAGAACUGGGAGUGCGACCCGUGGACAGCAUCAGACCCCUCCUCCCUUACGAAGACUUUGUGAACGAGUCCCUGAACGAGGUGGUGGAGAUGGACAAGGACUUCACCUUCUUCAAGGUCAACGCCGAAACCAAGUUCUCCUUCCAGAGCUGCCCCUUCAUCCUCAGCGUCAUCACCAAGAACCAGGGUCUGUACUACGACAACCGGAUCCGGAUGUACAGCGAGCGGCGCCUCACGGCCCUCUACAGCAUGGUCCAGGGUCAGCAGCCCAACCCUUAUCUCAAGCUCAAAGUCCGCCGAGAUCACAUCAUCGACGACGCCCUCGUCAGACUGGAGAUGAUCUCCAUGGAGAACCCGUCCGACCUGAAGAAGCAGCUGUUUGUGGAGUUCGAGGGGGAGCAAGGUGUAGACGAGGGCGGAGUGUCAAAGGAGUUCUUUCAGCUGGUCCUGGAGGAAAUCUUCAAUCCCGACAUAGGAAUGUUCAGCUACGACGACGACACCAAACUGUUCUGGUUCAACUCGUCCUCUCUGGAGAACGAGGCCCAGUACACUCUGGUGGGACUCGUCCUCGGCCUCGCCAUCUACAACAACUGCAUCCUGGACGUUCACUUCCCCAUGGUGGUCUACAGGAAACUCAUGGGCAAGAAGGGGACCUGCUUGGACCUGUCAGACUCCCAUCCAAGUCUCUUCCAGAGUCUGAGGAAGUUGUUAGAAUACAGCGGCGACGUGGAGGAGGACAUGAUGCUCACCUACCAGAUCUCUCACUUGGACCUGUUUGGAAGCCCGAUCCUGUACGACCUGAAGGAGCAGGGAGACCAGAUCCCCGUCACCAAGGACAACAGACAGGAGUUUGUGUUCAUGUACGCCGACUACAUCCUGAACAAGAGCGUGGAGAGACAAUUCAAAGCCUUCAAGAAAGGUUUCCUGAUGGUCACCAAAGAGUCUCCUCUGAAGUAUUUGUUCAGACCGGAGGAGGUGGAGAUGCUGAUCUGUGGCAGCAGAAAACUUGACUUUGAAGCUCUGGAGAAGACGACAGAAUACGAUGGAGGUUACAGUAAAGACAGUCAGAUCAUCAAAGAUUUCUGGGAAACGAUCAACUCGUUCGGAGAAGAGCAGAAGAGGUUGUUUCUUCAGUUCACCACCGGCACAGACAGAGCGCCCGUCGGAGGACUCGGCAAAUUAAAAAUGAUCAUCGCCAAGAACGGAUCGGACACGGACAGACUGCCGACCUCUCACACCUGCUUCAACGCUCUGCUGCUGCCUGAAUAUUCCUCCAAGGACAAACUGAGGGAGAGACUCCUGAAGGCCAUCACAUACGCCAAAGGCUUCGGGAUGCUUUGAUGCUCAGAGAGAAGCUUCACGACGACGUUUUAACAAAACAAAAAGGGAGUAUCGCAUAAAAAAAAGGGGGAAACGCCAUGAAACAAAAUGCUGCAACAACCCUGUGCCUCACCACGCUGCACCAGUCCGACUCCACUUCCUGUCUCUCACACUACAUUAGGUUUCCCCAAAGAGUUCCACACCACACUUGAAUUAUGUGUUUCUUUCUUUUGGGUUUUGUUUCUGAACAACAUUUCAUUUGUGAAACUGUGAAAGUGCACUUACACACGGGGUUUUAAGUGACAUGCGGUUUAUUUAUUGACGUUUUCUGGUGUUUUCCGGUUCAUGGCGCUGUAGCAGUAUUCAGUCCUCUCCUCCCACAGCGGGGCUGGACUGGGCAUAAUGGUGCUCCUUGUAGUGUUUUACGGUAAAGCCUUUUUUUAUUACUGCUAACACAAACAAGCCUCACUGACGAGCUCUUAUUUCAACGGUUUCCUGUCAGCCUGAGAGCAAACUCCCCACUAACCUGCGGGUUAUUUUUGAAGUAUUUCUGUGUACUACAUAAAACAUGAAUACUGUGUGUUGUGACACCGUGAGCAGGUCGUGUGGUUUCAGGAUGACUGGUCCGCUCAGACUUUCACUUCCUGUCUCUGCUCCCUCGGUUUGUUUGCUUUUUAAAAGUGUUUCUGAUUGCACAUUUGUAAGUGCAGUUGCCAAAAAUGUGCAAUGCCUAUAUAUAUAUAGAUAUAUAUCUAUAUCUAUAUAUAUCUAUAUAUAUAUAGAUAUAUAUAUAUAUAUUGAAAAAAAGAAAAGAGUCACAUGAAGUGUUUUAUUUGGCCAAAUAUCUCAGGUACAUAAAGAAUGUGCAGAUAAUGUGAAACUCUUAUGUAAAGCGACUAUUAUGCAAAGUAAAUAAAGGUGAACU